AUGACAGCUUUGUUAAACCUUGGAAGUUCUGAUCCAAGUCUAAGGUCUGCUGCCUACAAUCUGUUGUGUGCACUAACAUCAACGUUUAAUCUAAAGAUUGAGGGUCAGUUGUUAGAAACCUCUGGACUUUGUAUUCCUGCCAAUAAUACGAUCUUCAUUGUAUCAAUUAGUAAAACAUUAGCUGCUAAUGAGCCUCAUCUAACUCUUGAGUUUUUAGAAGAGUGUAUAUCAGGUUUUAGAAAGUCCAGUAUAGAGUUGAAACAUUUAUGUUUAGAGUUUUGUAAGCACCCAGAUGAAGCAAAAAGGUCCAAAGUAGCAGUAAUUUUAGAUAAAUUAAUAAUGAUGACAAUAGAAGAGAAAGAGAUGUAUCCGUCCAUCCAAGCGAAGAUUUGGGGUAAUAUUGGACAAGUAGGAGACCUGGUAGAUGCAGUACUUGAUAGUUAUAUUAAGACAAGUGCUACAGGUGGGCUUGGUUCACAGAAAGCAGAAGUAAUGGCAGACACUUCAGUAGCGUUAGCAUCGGCCAAUGUUCAAUUGGUAUCACAAAAAGUCAUUGAGAGAAUGUCAAAGCUGAUAGACAAGACAUGUAUGUCUCCAACAUCAACGUUAGAACAGCACCUUAUGUGGGAUGAUAUUGCUAUACUCGCUAGAUAUCUACUUAUGCUUUCAUUCAACAACUGUUUAGAUGUUGCCAAUAACCUUCCAUCCCUGUUUCAUAUUGUAAUAUUAAUGGUGUCCACCGGUCCCCUAUCACUGCGUGCCUCAAUUCAUGGUCUUGUUAUCAAUAUUAUACACUCUUUAUGUACAUGUUCUCAAUUGAAUUUCAGUGAAGAAACCAAGAAUGUUUUGAGGCUAAGUCUGACUGAAUUUUCACUUCCUAAGUUCUAUUUGUUGUUUGGUAUUAGUAAAGUGAAAUCAGCUGCUGUGACGGCAUUUAGGAGUAGUUAUCGUGAUCGAUCUGUCAGUCAUUCUCCACAACAAUGUGAACGGAUGCCACUGAGUUCAUUGGAGGUCAUUGUGGAUGCACUUCUAGAAAUUAUGGAGGCAUGUAUGGAAGACAUUCCUGAUUGUGUUUGGCUGGAGAAGUGGACAGAACAGGGAAAAAGGUUUGCAUUUCAAUACAAUCCAGCUCUGCAACCCCGUGCUAUGGUAGCAUUGGGAUGUAUUAGUAAAUCCACAAGCAAUUCACAGAUCAAACAGUUACUUAGGAUACUAUCCAAGGCUCUGGAUACUUUCAGUGAUAUUGUGUUAAUUGAUUCCAUUGUCAUGUGUCUUACAAGGUUACAGCCUCUUCUCCAGCAAGAUUCACCAUUACAUAAGGCAUUGUUUUGGGUAGCAAUUGCGGUGCUGCAGUUGGACGAUGUCAGUCUGUAUGCGUCAGGGUUGGCCUUGUUAGAACAGAAUAUAUUGACUUUGGACGAACAAGGUGUAUUUGAAGACACGAGUCCAGAGGAAGUAUUGAUGGAGAUAAGGGAACCUUUAGAAUGGCAUUUUAAACAAAUGGAUCAUGCAGUAGGACUCAGUUUUGUCUCAGAUUUUAACUUUGCGUUAGUUGGUCAUCUCAUCAAAGGAUAUAGGCAUCCGAAUCAUGACACAGUAGCCAGGACGAUCAGAAUUCUCAACAAGUUACUAGCCAUUGUGGCAAACUAUAAAAAAUGCGAUAAGUUUGAUGUAACUACAGAAAGUGUUGCAUUCUUGGCUGCUUUACUCCCAGUCUCUGAAGAAGUGCGGAGUCGAUGUCGAAUGAAACAUACACAGCCGCCAGGAACACCAGAAUCAACACCUAGUGGAGAACCAUUCGGAUCCGAUUCACUUCAUUCAAGUCCAUUUACAACUGCAAUGCCAUUACCCCCUCUUCCACCUAAAAUGACAAAGAAACAAAAACAAUUACAGGAACUUUCACCGCCGAGCGUCAAACAGCAGAGGAGCUUGGACUCUGCACUUGAACAACAACGCGUGCAACAAACAGAAGCUGAAAGAACAAAUUUCAAACAGCCAAGGAGUCUUGAUCUUGCACACGUGGGACCUAAAACGCAAUCCAGCAUAGAUCUGAGUCACCAUCGAGUCGGUAUUAGUCCUGGAAACGAAUCAAUAGUAGCAGAGGGUAUUGGAAUACAAAUCACAGAAAGUCACAAAAAUGGGGAAGCAGCGAAGAAGAGGAAAGUUUCGACAAUUGCAGAGAAUAGUGUGCUGCUUGAUGAGGAGGUGUUAACUGAUAAACAAACGCAGGCAUUACUAUUAACUGUACUGGCCACACUUGUGAGGCAUACCCCGGAUGAAACAGAAUGCAGAGUGUUGUAUGAAUAUCUGGCUGAAGCUUCUGUUGUGUUUCCAAAAGUUUUUCCCAUUGUACAUAGUUUAUUGGACACAAAGAUCAAUUCAGUGUUAUCUAUGAGUCAAGAUCAAGCCACCCUCUGUGCAGUACAGAAUAUCAUUCAGAAUGUGAUAUCAUGUGAUGAUGCAGCUACGCAGCAACAGAUUUCCAAUCUGCAGA